ACACGUGCAUGGCUGUUGUGUGAGAACUGCGGAUCUGGCAACACGGCUGUGCACAGAGUAAGGAGGAGGUAAGGAAAGCAAGGAAUGGGCUCCACCCCCAUACAGCCUCAUCACCAUCACCAUCAGCAGCAGCAUCAGCAUCAGCAUUGCACAGAGACACACCGAGAAGGAGAGAGAGAGAGAGAGAGAGCUCCUGAGCUCACAACCUGCUCCUGCCGGCGAUCCUCCCCAUGCAUGCUACUAUGAGGAAGCCACUGGAGUGCUAAAGGUCAACCGGAUUUCCCGCACAGCAGUGGCAUGUAUCGUGUGUGCUAAGCCGUACUAGCCGAGUGUCGCAUCAUGGGUCAGCGGUCGUGCCACGUCGUCCGGAGGAAGCUACGUCCAGCACGGGUUCUCGCACUCCUCCUUGGGAUCUUGGCAAUAAGCUCCGUUUCCUUCUCCACCCUCGGUGCCUUCUUCUCCUCCUCAUCCUCCUCCUUGUGGAGCUCUGCCUCCCAGCAAGAGGAGCCUCAUGGCCCUGCUCCUCACAGGACUCUCCUCUCGGUUAGCAUUACCAACGUGUCAGAGAGCCAAGGCGAUUAUCCCGAGGACUUGUUCACGUUGGAACAGCGUCGCCAAGGCGCGGUGAUCCUGCACAUGCUCGGCAUGCUGUACAUGUUCAUCGCGUUGGCCAUCGUGUGUGAUGAGUUCUUCGUGCCCGCGCUCACGGUCAUCACCGAGAAGCUGGUCAUAUCAGACGACGUGGCCGGCGCCACCUUCAUGGCGGCCGGAGGCUCCGCCCCUGAGCUCUUCACCUCCGUUAUCGGCGUGUUCAUCUCGCACAGCAACGUGGGCAUCGGUACUAUCGUGGGCUCGGCCGUGUUCAACAUCCUGUUCGUGAUCGGCAUGUGCGCCGUGUUCUCACGCGAGAUCCUCAACCUGACAUGGUGGCCGCUUUUCCGCGACGUCUCCUUCUACAUCCUUGACCUGAUCAUGCUCAUCGUCUUUUUCCUGGACAACUUCAUCAGCUGCUGGGAGAGCAUGGCCCUGCUGCUCUCCUACGCCACCUAUGUGCUCUUCAUGAAGUUCAACUCCCAGGUGGAGGGCUUCGUCAAGGGCUUGACGAACCGCAACCAGGUGGUGGAGGUGGCCGAGACGCAGCCUAAGGUUAGUCCAGUGCCGACGGAGGACGACAGCAAACUGUCGGCCAAGCCGCGGCUGCAGAGAGGCGGAAGCUCGGCGUCGCUGCACAACAGCCUGAUGAGGAACAGCAUCUUCCAGCUCAUGAUCCAUACGCUAGACCCGCUUAGCGAAGGAAAGUUCCGUGAGAAGGCAUCCAUCCUUCACAAAAUUGCCAAAAAGAAAUGCCAAGUGGAAGAUGCUAACGGAGUGGCUGAUAAGAACCUCCCGAAUAGCUCCAGCGUGGAGGUGGAAGUUUCUCCACCUCUGAACGGCACUGCGGGCCAAGAGGGCGACGCGGGUGAAGAAGACGAUGAGGAAGACCAGCCCCUGAGCCUGUCGUGGCCCGAGAGCAACCGUAAGCGCUUGACGUAUCUCCUUCUCCUCCCCAUCAUCUUCCCGCUGUGGAUCACGCUGCCCGACGUCCGUAAGCCCAAAGCCAAGAAGUUUUUCCCCAUCUCGUUCCUGGGCUCCAUCUCCUGGAUCGCUUGCUUCUCCUACCUGAUGGUGUGGUUUGCUCACCAGGUCGGCGAAACCAUCGGCAUCACGGAGGAGAUCAUGGGGCUGACGAUCCUGGCAGCUGGGACCUCCAUUCCGGAUCUGAUCACCAGCGUCAUUGUGGCUCGGAAAGGUCUCGGGGACAUGGCUGUGUCCAGCUCGGUCGGCUCCAACAUCUUCGACAUCACCGUAGGGUUACCGUUCCCGUGGCUCUUGUACACGUUGGUGAACAAUUUGCAGCCCGUGGCGGUGAGCAGCAACGGCCUGUUCUGCGCCAUCGUGCUCCUCUUCAUCAUGCUCCUCUUCGUCAUCAUCUCCAUCGCCGCCUGCAAGUGGAAGAUGAGCAAGAUGCUCGGCUUCAUCAUGUUCCUCCUCUACGUCGUCUUCCUGGUGCUCAGCGUCAUGCUGGAGGACAAGAUCAUCGUGUGCCCGAUUUCCAUCUGACGCACGCGCACUUCACUCACGCAGUCCAGCAGAGCACCCUUUCGGCGAAUCUCCGCCCCCUUUUCAUCAAGGCAGGAACUUGAAAUUGAACCUGAACCUCAGCUCCUUUAAAAUCUACCCCUUUAACGCAUCAGCGUCUGUUUUCACCCUGCCAUUCGAUCACGGUCCCUAUAUCAGUGUAUCGCAGCGUCCUUUCCAGACGCCUCGUUCAUGUCCUAUACAAACCCUGCUUCCGUCACAUAAGAGCCCACUCCUUCGUUGCAAUUCGUUCACCUGGGAUGGUGGAUGUCGUGCGAAUUUCUAGACUUUCCGGAUGCCGGAUCUUCUGUAGCUGAGUUUUGGGAAAGCCGGAAAGCUAGUUAGCUACUAGUGCUGAGUGAUAUAUCAAAAGGUUCUUGGACCUGUAGAGAAAACGAACCAUCAAAACCAGUGCGAUUAUCCUGUGAAUAUUCCGAAUUGAACCGAGAUACAUGUGAAAUGAAGAAAUGAGAUGUAAAGCAAAAGCUUUUAUUAGUCCAAUUCUACAACACCUAGUUAUAACGGAAAGACCUGAGUUAAACAAGGCAAGUUCAUGGUUCUGAACAUCACAGCUAUAAAACCGUACAAACAGGACAGGACGUAGAAAGAAAAAAAAAAUUCUCCCUGCUGGGGAAAAAAAAUCCUUUUUUUUUUUUUUUUUUUUUAUACUUUCCAUUAACCAAAAAAAAAAAAUCUUUUCCCGACGUUCCGAUGCCGAUUUGCGCAUGACGAUACGUGACGAGACAUCGCGACUACGCUAAGUCAGGGGAAAAUAAACCAACGGCAAGAACGAAACGCGCCCAAGAACUGUGCUGUUACCGUGGAAACCACGACACGAAUUCCGCGCAUUUUCCCCAUUAAUUCCUGUCCUAAAGAAAGAAAAGUCAGCAGUCGAUUACGUUUCGUUCUGUGGAGACUAACGAUCGUUAUCAGUGGGAGGAAAUUAUGGAAGAGGAUUUACGAAACAGCAAUAAAUGAAAGAAAGAGUAGUUAUUUUAUUCAUUUAUAGUUCUGCAUUAUUGAGUAAUAUAAUAAGACGCUGUGAAUAAUAAGUGAAUAAGACGCUGUGACUUCAGGGGUCAAUUCUACGACUUUAUACUAGACACUGGGAUGUUUUCUACUCAAUUUCAUUCCUUUUUUUUUUUUUUUUACAGAAAUUUACAGAAUUCCAACGAAGAAAAGCGUACAGAUUUGCUUGUUUUGCUAUUAGCUACUGCCAUCGUACUAUAAAAACAUUUAGUCUUUAACUCCUACAAAGGUUAUUGUUUGAAAUGAGCAGACCGGAGGAUGGGAAAGGAGGUAGUGAUAUGUGAUGCGUUAAAAAUCUUAUGCAGAUGAUUAUUAUUUAAAUUCUGAAGUGGCCCAAAUCAAGCGGUUUUGUUUUUCGAUAAGUGGAAAGCGAGUUCAGUAUUUCUGCGGGGGGGGGGAGUUUAAAACUGUUAAUCAGGAUCAUUUAUUUCAUUAAUGAUUUUUUUUCCCCAGUGGUUAAACACUAUUGCUCAGCACUAGUGGUUUAAUUAUAGGCGAGAGAGAGAGAGAGAGAGAGAGAGAGAAGCGGGAUGCGCUAUUCGCGACAUUUGCUUAGUCGAAACUGAAACCGGGACUUCUCUCCACACGUCUCACGACCGACUUUCCGAGGUCAAAUCCGCAGCUACGUUUUGCACGAGUGCUAAACCGUACAGUUUCAGGUCGGCUGGAGACGUUCUCAAACGAACGUUCCCGGAACGUUACCUCGAUAUUUUUACGUUCCGUGAAAACAUGAACGUUUCUGGACAGAAAAGAAAAAAAAAACACACACACACACACAAUAAAACUAAAAUGACGACUGAAGACGAGGAGGCUUUGUGCGAAUUUGGGGUGCCAUUUUGUAUGUCCAGAUGGGUGUUUUGUUUAGUUUUUUUGCUUUUUCUUAGCACCUCCCCCACCCAACCUCCUUUUUCUUAGCACCUCCCCCACCACCCCUUAUGUGUCAAAUGGACGAGUAACAUCUCUACAUAGCCGUUGCUAUGAUAACCGAUAUAGCGAGUAGACCUAGUUGAAGUACAGUAUUGAAAAUAAUCCGAAAAAAAAAAAAAAACGGGAAAAAAAAACAAAAAACAAAGAGAUUCAUGAUCUGUAUCUCAGCAUGCCCCCAUUUCACACUCGAGUAUGUAGUGGUAUAUCGAGAUAACAUAGAUUAGCCUCCUAAAAUAGUAUGCACGAGGGGGGAAAAACAACAACAACAACAACAACAAAGGAGCGGACUGUUGAGUAGACGCGUAUAGACAUAGUUCAGUGUCAAACUAGCCUGUAGAUAGUUCUUAUAUAUAUAAAUAAAUAUAAAUAAAUAUAUAUAUUAUAUAAUCUCUCGCACUGAAGAGGCUAUGUGCAAUAAUCUCAUUAAAUAUUCAACGCUUGGAGCGCAAAUGGAUUUUCAAAAGUAUUUUCCAGAUCGUAGGUAAAAAUACAUGCGUGAACACACACUGUAGCCUAAUUCAUCGAUGCUCAUUCAUAUUAACAUUUACUACUCCGGUACAAGACUUCUGAAAAUUUCCUACGUGUUUUCUAUAUCAGGGGGGGGGGAUAAUAAUCUGUUCAGACACACUUUGUAGUUUUAGAGCGUAAGGUUUGGACUGACAUGGACCGAGUCUCUGACCUUUUAUCCCAUUAAACUUUCAGACGUACACUCUAUUACAGUUUCACUGAUGCACUAAAUAGCACUCAGAACAUAUCGGGACUCACUCUGCAGUAUCGAGACUCGUCCAUCAGUGCCACAUUACGACUAAUCACGAGUACAGAGUGGUGUAUACACUCACUGAUAUAGUAAAUACACUCGUUUCCAUACUCAUAUUGAUUCAUCACUGACACAAUCACUUUUUAUGGCACAGGGUUGAAAGUGUGUGUGUGUGUGUGUGUGUGUGUGUGUGUGCUGUUAUAGACCUUAUGGACAAUUCCCUUAAUAUUCCCAUUGGAGAAUUUCAAAAUGAUGGCUUUCCUAUGAGUAAUCAUGGGAAAGUAGAUUUAGGACACUGACCGUUCAUCAUUCUUCCACUCAGGCUGCUUAUGUUGGACCUCAAAAACUCAGAAUGCAACAACUAGGACUUCCUUAAAAUUCCCAUUAAUACCUGAACUCAACAUCUAGACGAGUCUUAUAUUAAUAUAAUUUGCGCAAAUUGAUGCCUGGCCCAAUAGGAACCUCCUGAAAUGACUCUCUCCCAACGAUUAACCCAAUAAGAACCAUUUUACCAAAUCACUAAACCCAAAGAACAAAAUGGCUGACCUAUAGGAAUCCUCUAAGAACCUUCUAGACAGUCCAACCAUAUUCUAAUCAGUAACCAAUACAAAUAACAACCUUAUAGUUAACAGUAUGCCAUGAUCAUCCAGUUGUGUUAUCAAACCAUAUUAUAAUUACUGACCCAUAAGAAUCGAGAUCAUAUGCUAAAUGGCUAAGCCAUAUGGAACUUUUCAAUGAGAAAAACAAUAAGUAAGUUACUGCACACGUCCGUCCCUGAAGCAUUUCUGGUGGAGCCAGUUUCACACGUAAAGCUGUCGAAACAAAAUGACCAGUGGAACGGUAUGUAAGGGAAAGCUUAAACGCCUCAUUAGGGAACAUCCGACAACAAAACAACACGGUCCUAAUUGACAUCCCGCUCUUCAAAUCUACCUACCAGACAUGCGAAUGAUGGUUUUUAAUUUGCUAUUGCAUUCUGAAAUGCCGUUUACCGCCAACCGGAUGUCCAAGGAAGAACAACGUCACUCCUUGCACUCGUGAAUGAGGCCAGAUUCGAAUGACCGACCCAUUAAAAAUCUAACUAGAACCAUCUAACAACUGGCAACCCAAGGAAAGAAAACCUAUAAAAAAUGUAAUAAGAACCACUUAGAACUGAAACUAUAUUCCAGUAACUUACCUACAGACUUCAAAUCAGACCAUAUUACAACGGGUAGCCGAUCAAAAUCUAAUACAACCAUUGAAACCAUAUCGUCAAAAAGAAAUUCAAACAUACUGGAGUCACUAAAUCAUAAAAAUCCAAUAGGAACCAUUUUACAAUUGGUAAGUCGAAAUAAAAUGGCUAACUUAUAAAAAAAAAAUGCAUUAAGAAGCCCUUAAAAAGGU